AAAAAGGUUUAGCGACUCUGCUUCUUUGCCAUAGCUGAGUCUUAUUUCUUUGGCAACUCGUCUUAUUUAUUAUAACGUAAAGAGACCUCACAGAUUGUUUUGCCUGGCUUUGCUUGGCUGAAUGCCCUAUGAGUCAAGCCAGUGAAGGACGAGAGACCACUUUUUAUUUUACCUGGGUAAACUGAUGUCUAAGAAUUAGUUGGAUUGGAUCCGAGAGGAAUAAACAUCUCUAAUGUAUUAGGGACCUGGGACUUCCUUGCUGCUCAUUCUGCCUCUUCCCCUUCUGGAUCUCAGAAAUGCACCUGCUUUAAGUGUGUGCUGCCUCGCAGAGAUAUGUGUCACAAAGAUGUCUACACGGAACUGCCAGGGAAUGGACUCAGUGAUCAAACCCCUGGACACAAUUCCUGAGGAUAAAAAAGUCAGGGUUCAGAGGACCCAGAGCACUUUUGACCCGUUUGAGAAACCAACUAAUCAAGUCAAGAGGGUUCAUUCUGAGAACAAUGCCUGCAUUAACUUCAAGACCUCCUCCACAGGCAAAGAGUCCCCUAAAGUUAGGCGGCAUUCCAGCCCCAGCUCGCCAACAAGUCCCAAAUUUGGAAAAGCUGAUUCAUAUGAAAAACUGGAAAAACUAGGGGAAGGAUCUUAUGCUACAGUAUACAAAGGGAAAAGCAAGGUAAAUGGGAAGUUGGUAGCCUUGAAAGUGAUCAGGCUGCAAGAAGAAGAAGGCACACCUUUUACAGCUAUCAGGGAAGCUUCUUUAUUAAAAGGACUCAAACAUGCUAACAUAGUGCUGCUUCAUGACAUCAUCCAUACCAAGGAGACACUGACACUGGUGUUUGAAUAUGUGCACACUGAUUUAUGUCAGUACAUGGACAAGCACCCUGGAGGGCUGCAUCCAGAUAAUGUGAAGUUGUUUUUAUUUCAGUUGCUGCGAGGGCUGUCUUACAUCCACCAGCGUUAUAUUUUGCACAGAGACCUGAAACCACAGAACCUUCUGAUCAGUGACACGGGGGAGUUAAAGCUGGCAGAUUUCGGUCUUGCAAGAGCAAAAUCGGUCCCUAGCCACACGUACUCCAACGAAGUGGUUACCUUGUGGUAUAGACCUCCAGAUGUCCUCCUGGGCUCCACAGAAUAUUCCACCUGCCUUGACAUGUGGGGAGUUGGCUGCAUCUUUGUUGAAAUGAUUCAAGGAGUGGCUGCUUUUCCAGGAAUGAAAGAUAUUCAGGAUCAACUUGAACGAAUAUUUCUGGUUCUUGGAACACCCAAUGAGGACACGUGGCCUGGAGUUCAUUCUUUACCACAUUUCAAGCCAGAGCGCUUUACCUUGUACAGCUCUAAAAACCUUAGACAAGCAUGGAAUAAGCUCAGCUAUGUGAAUUAUGCAGAGGAUCUGGCUUCCAAGCUCCUACAGUGUUCCCCAAAGAACAGACUAUCGGCACAGGCUGCCUUGAGCCACGAGUAUUUUAGUGACUUGCCCCCACGGCUAUGGGAACUGACCGAUAUGUCUUCUAUUUUUACGGUCCCAAAUGUAAGAUUGCAACCAGAAGCUGGAGAGAGCAUGCGGGUCUUUGGGAAAAACAAUAGUUACGGCAAAAGUCUAUCAAAUAGCAAGCACUGAUGAGUAAAGUGUCGUCGAGACUGCACAGGAUUAAGUUGUCAUCAUCCUGGGAAGAAAAAAACACACACACAUUAAUGACGUGGCCAAUAACACAAAGGGAAUCGUGGAUCAGUCUUCUUUCACUCCCUGUGGCGGAUUUCACUUACAAGAAAAUUGAAGCUGGCAAGACCCUGUUUUCUCUGCAAUUUAUUUAAAACCUUGCACGCAUUUGGGUACCUUGUGAUUUCCAAGAACUAUGUGAAGAUUAAGCUUUGCUUACUGAUACAUGGCAUGUAUUCUUUGCAGUCUUUUGUGUUUGAUUUUAUUUGAUUUCCCUCCACAGUGCAGCGUCUCUGUAAAGAUUUUUAUGCUUUCACCAGCCAUGUCUUAAAUACAUUAAGACAACACAUUUGGUGUUCACACUUCUUCAGUAAUGUCUGUGCUUGAAAGCCACAUCGUGGCAUGAAACAAUGUGCGUUUUCUUUGAGAGCAGCACACAUUUUGCAACCACGAGGAAGGAAAUUCUUAGUGAAAGCAAACUCAUGUUCUGACUGACUUGACAAGUUUGGUCCUUGACUAAGGACCCCCCACUUGUGGCUUAUCUUUUGAGGAUAGUGCAAAUGUGGGUGGUUUCUUUUCUUGGAAAUAGCUGCACAUUUAUGUACAAUAUCAGAAUCUGCUUAGUGUCUUCAAGCCACAGAGUAUGGCUGUUCUUCAGGUAGGUGGGAAGUAAAGAAGUAAAUCUCAAGCAUGAAGAACAAUGGAGGGUCACGAUAGCACAGCGGGUAGGGCGUUUGCCUUGCACUCAGCCAACCCAGGUUCGAAUCCCAGCAUCCCAUAUGGUCCCCUGAGCACCGCCAGGAGUAAUUCCUGAGUGCAGAACCAGGAGUAACCCCUGUGCAUCGCCGGGUGUGACCCAAAAAGAAAAAAAAAAGAACAAUGGAGAUAAACUGUCUACUUUAUUGAUUUCUGGAGAUAGAGGUAACUUUUGUACAGGUUUACUUGGUCUUAUUGACAUCUUAUUUUUGCCAUCUAUUUCUGUUCCACAUUGUUUUCUAAAUGGAGAAAAGAGUGGGGGAUGGGAUAGUUUGAAACUUGGCUGCAAACUUAAUUGUACCCGCUGGAUAAGCCCUGAAAGUCAUCUUUACUGGUUAAUAUUUUAAAAGGGCAAAUUUCAGACUUAUCCAAAGUUUAAACAUUCACUCAUUCACAAGAAAGUACCAUAGGAAAAAUAAAAUUAAUUUUUUUAAACACUCCACGCCAAUUGGGGGCAUUUUUGGGUAUCUUAACUUUUUACAGUCCUAGAAUUACUGUUCAAAUGCAGAUUUUAGAGGCAAUGCAGAAGUUCUUGCUUUGGAAAAGGGAAAAAUGAAAGGCCAAGCUUCCCUUGUAUUAGGAGUUGAGGAUGCUCAGAGGAAUGAAAGCAAGUAUAUGACCGGAGGGAAAUGCAUACCGUGCAUGUGCAUAGAGAUGUGCUUAGAUCCAGAGGGAACACUGCCUGCUCUCUCCCAGUGGACAGAAUCCCAAGUAAUACCUAGGCCAAAGGAGUCAUUAGGACAUUGCUCUAAAGUGUGAAGCCUUGCUCCUCAGCACAAGAUUCCUUUAGAAAUUCCUUCACGCACAUUGGCUUACGUUUCCUAUUGGAAAGGAGAGAAGAACAGUGUAAAAUGGCACGCUUUUUUUCAGAUCAAGUGCAGGAAUCAUGUACCACUUUUGACAAAGACUCUCUGAGAGUCAGGUGUGGGACAAGAUUUUCUUUAGUCAAACCCAGUGUUUGUGUAGGAAAUUGGACCCAGAAUUUCCAAACAUGAAAAUGGUACCUUCCCUGACAUAGAUAUGUCAAGGUCAUAAUCCAUCCCAUUCAAAAGUAGUGUUCAUAGUAAGCUUUUAAGUGCUAAGCCAGGAAUUGAUCUGAUUUCAGUCACUGAUUGAUUUUUAAAAAGAAAAUGUCACCCAGAGUUAGAAUGUUUACGCUCUGCUACCUAGAAAUCUUUCCUAUUAUUUUUUUUUUUACAUUCCAUCCCAUUGGAAGUUGCUGGAGGUGUUUCUGUUUCACAGAGGCUUAAAUGAGAACUUCUUAAAGAUGGAGGGAAAAAAAGCUACAUGCAAUCAAAAGUGACCCUUCCUGUGAAUUCUUCUGAUUUCAUUAUUUUAGAGACAAGGCAUAACUUUUGAAUUUUACAAUGUUUAAGCCAAAAGCAAUUGAUGACUGAAUCUUGCUUUUUGACAUGAUUUCUAAAAGCUCGAGAAUUUGAAAAUACUUAUUGUUAAAGUACAUACAUUAGGAAUGUUAAAGUCAUUCAGAGAUACAGGCCCUUGUCAUCAGCUCUUGGGAAAUGAAAUCUAAUUUUACUCAACAAAGUAAAAAUUGACUUUAUUAUUAGAGAGGCAGACAUAUUAGAACAUCAUGUCUAGGAGGUUUUCAGCUCUUUCCCUGCCACUUCCAACCAUACAGAAAGUUCAAAGUUUGGUUUUACUUCUCUCUCCUUUUCUCUCCCAUCUGCUCUGACAUUCUUCCUCUUCUUUUCUGCCCUCCUCAGAGUGAAGGCAGCCAUGAAAAUAAUUCAACUGUUCAUUCACAGAUGUAUUAUUCUAUUGAGAAAACAUUGGAGAGUUGUGUGAGAUUAUUUUUAUAUGAAGGAGUAGCUUGAAAUCCUACUAUUGAAAUCAUACUAUUCCUAGCUGGAAUAGUAUGAACACAUUAGCAUGGUGAUUAUAUCAUUGCACCGUCACUGCACACAUAGUAUUUGAAGGGAAAUUUAGGACUUCAUCUCCAUUUUCUUCAAGGAACGAUUUGUUCAGCUUAAAUAUAUGAAAUACAUAGGACAUGAAAGAAAUGUUUGCAGAGCUCAAAAAUGUUAAAAAAAAAAAACAGGAAGCAGCAGGCAGGCAUGGCUGUCUAUCCACCUGAUACAUGUGUGAGAAGCUAUUUCUACCUCCCAAGAGUGAUGAGAAACAUUUCCAAGGGAACCUCCGAGCUUGUGGAAAAUGCAAGACCUCGUGGUGUCCUUUCUUCAGUGUGUAUAUGACAGCCAGCAUAAUCCUGUCUUAGGUUAUGCAUCUAUAUAAGAUACUCAUCUGUGAAUAUUACUGGUUUUGUAAUCUUUGUUAUAUAAGAGGAUGUUUAGGCUGUAUAUACUGGGGUAGAUUAUUGCCUGCCCCCUAUAUAGAAGAAUAUGCUGCAUAAUUGCGCCUAACUUCCAUCUCCCUUGCUGGCUUGUAGGCAGAGGAAAACAUAUAUGUUGCUGCCUUGCAAUUUUCUCAUACAUCAGAAAACAGAACAAAAUAAAAAGUUCAAAUAAGCAAUCUCUAUUCUCCUAACUCUUUCCACAGCAGCAUAUUUUAGAGGCACAUACAAAAUCGACAUUCUCUAGUGGGGAGUGUAUUUUUUUUAAAUGCUUCUUUUAUUCUUUUUUUUUGUAUGAUACAGUAUGAUACAAGAAGAUGUGUACUUUCUAACAGGGAAGGUUGGUACCUAUAAAACAUACUAGCAUUUUUCAAAAAACUAUUAUACUUCCAAAUGAUGCAUAGUAAGGAGAAUGGAAUAAUACAUGUUGCAUAUUUGUUAUCAAUUGUAAUUUGUCUGUAUUAUGAAAGAUGUAAUGGUUUGUCAACUGUCACUGUUGUUUUCUUGUAACAUGAUAUGGAAUAAAGUAUAACAGAAUCUCUGUA